CCCUACGUCCGUUCGUCAUCUCCGCCCCAUCAUCUCCACCCUCUCAUCUAUCUCUCUCCGGCCACCACUAACCAAAUUGAUGAACUCGCUGUAGAAACCGACCAUGUGAUGACUGCUAAUCAUCUCGAUUAUGCCUCUAGAGAGACGGUUGGGUGCUGGAUUGGAAAGUCGUCGUCGCCGAUCCAAAUCAUCAGCGGCUAGGGCUCGAUUGAUCCCUGCAUCGAUUUAGGAUUUUUGUCUUCACCAACAUCAGACGAUUGAAUGAUGGAGCACGCUCUGCAUUGGGAACAACUCAAAGUCACUUUGAGCUUCUCUUGGUGCUGGAAAGUAGCUUCAUAUGUCAGAUGGAGUUCUAAUCAAUGGCAAGGGACCUCUUAAAAUUGUUUCAGAUCCGUUCAUACAGAUUUCCCCCACUAACAAAGAUUUCAUAUAAUUAGAUUUUUGAAGCAUACAUUGAUCAAUGGCAUCUACUUCAGUUUCAUCAAUUCAAAAGAGGUUCAAGUAUGAUGUCUUUUUGAGUUUUAGGGGUGAAGACACCCGUAAGACCAUUGUUGAUCAUCUCUAUCAUGCUCUUCACAACCGAGGCAUUAUAACUUACAAAGAUGACGAGAAAAUCGAGAAAGGGAAAAGGAUUAAUGAUCAGCUCCUGAGAUCCAUUGAAGACUCGAGAAUUUACAUCAUUGUAUUCUCCAAGAACUAUGCAUCUUCAUCGUGGUGCUUAGACGAGCUCGUCCAGAUUAUGGAGUGCCACAAGACGACCGGGCGGACUGCUUACCCUGUUUUCUUUAAUGUGGAACCCACCGAAGUCCGCCACCAAAGUGGGGUAGUCAAAGAAGCCUUUGCCAAACAUGAAAAGAAAGAGGCUGCUGGAAAAUGGAGAGAUGCUAUGAAAGCAGCAGCUGAUUUGGCUGGGAGAGAGUUGAAGACUACUUUUGAUGGACAUGAAGCCAAGUUUAUCCAAAAAAUUGUUGAAGACAUUUCACUAGAGCUACGUUUCAUUGAUUCGAGUGUUGAUGAAAAAUUAAUAGGCAUGGAGACGCGUGUAAAGGAUGUAGUUUCAAAUAUAGAAGCUGAUUCUGAUGAUGUUCACGUAAUAGGGAUCAAGGGGAUUGGAGGUGGUGGGAAGACGACUUUGGCUAGAGCUGUUUUUAAUUAUAUCUCCAUUUGGUACGAAGGUAAAAGCUUUGUUGAGAAUGUCAGAGAAGCAUCAAAAGGCUCUGGUUUGAAGAAAUUGCAACAACAGGUCCUUAAAGAUGUGUUGAAUGAUAAAAGCAUUGAUAUAACAAGUGUUUACGAAGGAGAAAUGAUGAUGAAAAAAAUGUUGGGUAGUAGAAAGGUACUUAUUGUUCUGGAUGAUGUGGAUGAUAUCGAGCAGCUUGAGGCGUUAGCAGGUGAGAAUACUUGGUUUAAGCCAGGAAGUACAAUCAUCAUCACAACAAGAGAUGAGCAUGUGUUAGUAGCCCACCGAGUGAAGUCUAUUCAUGAUGUCAAUCUGUUAUCGCACGAGGAAGGAAUUCGCCUCUUCAGUAAGUAUGCAUUUGGUAGAGAGAUUCCAAUCGAAGGGUAUGAAGAGCUCUCAAGAAAAGUUGUACAUUAUGCUGCAGGGCUUCCCUUAACAAUCAAAGUUUUGGGUUCAUCUCUUUGUGGUAAAACAGAGUGUGAAUGGAGUGAUGCCAUAGAAAGACUAAAAACAAUUCCAGAAAAGCAAACUUUGAAAAGACUGGAACUAAGCUUUAUUGGUCUAGAGCACGAUCACAAAGAAGUAUUCCUAGAAGUUGCAUGCAUAUUGAAAGGUGAAACAACAGACAAAGCAAUCAGAAUACUGGAAAGUUGUGGAUUCCAUGCUCGAUUUGCUUUAAAAGUUCUUGAGCAGAAAUCAUUGAUGACUGUUUCAGAUUAUGGUUGUAUACACAUGCAUGACCGUCUUGAAGAAAUGGGCAGGAAUAUCGUCCGUCGUUUACACCCUCGUGAGCCUCAAAGGCAUAACCGGCUUUGGGAUACCAAGGAAAUAGAAAAUAUCUUGGUCAAUGAGUUGGGUACGAAAGCAACACUAAGUAUACGAUUGAUGUAUACAAAACUUCAUCCAACUAUAAUUAUGAAAGGUCUUAGAAAGAUGAAGAAACUUAGGUUUCUUUAUGUGUGUCGCUCGAAUCAUCUGGGAACUACUAAUGAAGUUGACAUAUACUUACCAAAUACCUUACAAUCUCUACACUGGGAUGGUUACCCUUUUUUGUGUUUACCUAAUACAUUUUCAGCAAGUAAGGUUGUUAAUAUUGAAAUGGAUCACAGCAAAAUGUCUCAACUCUGGGAAGGGGGAGAAAGAAAGGUUCUUAAUGAGCUGAGAUUCCUUAACAUCAGUCAUUCAAAGUUAAGAACCUUUGACCUUGGGUUGACUCCACAGCUUGAGUGGUUAGAUCUAAGUGAAUGUGAUGACUUCGUAGAACUCCACAUGCCAGUAGAAAGUCUCAAGCUGAAGUCACUCACCCUCAGUGGUUGUAUGUUGAGUAAACAUGACAUGGGGCUGAUUCCACAGCUGGAGACAUUAGAUCUUAAUCGAUGUAAGGACCUUGUAGAAUUUCACAUGCCUGUUGAAAGUCCCAAGCUGAAGUCCCUUGUCCUCAAUGGUUCUAAGUUGAGUAAACUUGACCUGGGGGUGACUCCACAACUUGAGACAUUAGAUCUUGGAGAAUGUAAGGACCUUGUAGAACUCCACAUGCCCGUUGAAUGUCUCAAGUUGUAUUCGCUUGUCCUCAGUGGUUCUAAGUUAAGUAAAUUUGACAUGAGGCUGACUCCACAGCUUGAGACAUUUCUUGGAGAAUGUAUCGACCUUGUAGAACUCCACAUGCCCAUUGAAUGUCCCAAGCUGUGUUCCCUUGUUCUCAGUGGUUCCAAGUUGAGUAAACUUGACUUGGGGUUGACUCCACAACUCAAGACAUUAGAUCUUGGAGGAUGUAAAGAUCUUGUAGAACUCCACAUGCCCACUAAAUGUUCCACGCUAAAAUCCCUUGUCAUCAGUGGUUCUAAAUUGAGUAAACUUAACUUGGGGUUGACCCCACAACUCGAGAGAUUAGAUCUUGAAAAAUGCUAUUAUCUUCAAGAAAUUCAUGCUUCUGUGGGAUCUCUAGAAAAUCUUGUCAACUUAAAGUUAAGUGGUUGUUUGGGGUUUGAACGUUUUGUGGGUUCCAACUUGUAUGUAUUACCUUGUAUUGAUUCUUUAGCUACACUAGAACUGAUUGCAGAGUCGCUAGAUAAAUGCCAACUACAUCCCAAUAAUAAUUUGCCGAAGUUUCAGUUUAAAUGUUUCUAUGAAGACCCUUUACCCUCGUCAAGUGGAAAUCUUGAGAAGCUUCUUUCUUUUGGUAUGUGUGCUUGCACAAACCUGGAGUCUUUUCCAGCAAGCAUUUGUAGCUUACAACGUUUAAGAAAGCUUACACUUGAAGGCAGUUUUCCAGAGGUGCCCAAGGAUCUAUACCAGUUAGAAAGUCUACAGGAGCUAACUUUGUCUAUGAAAGAGAUUAAGCAUCUUCCAGAUACCAUUUGUAUGUUGAAACAUCUGAAAUAUCUUAACCUUAGAUCUUGUUGGCUUCUCGAGCAGUUGCCCAUAAAUCUUGGGCAAUUAGAGUGUUUAGAGAUGCUAAUUCUGACGGAUUGUUUAUCCUUACAAGAUAUUCCGAACAACAUCUGUCAGAUAAGAAGUUUAGAAUAUCUGCAUAUACCCUAUUGUAUUCUAGUUGAUAAACUGCCUGAAGAACUUGGACGUUUAGAAUGUUUGAAAGAGCUAAAUAUAGAAGGUGCUGGCAUAAGUCGUCUUCCUCAGAGCAUUUUUGAAUCGAAAGGUCUACGUAUUAUUGGGACAAGGUGGCGGCUUGAGUCGUAUGGCUUUACAUCCUUGUCAACAGUCUCCAGUAACAAGACUUGCUGCUAUGUAAAGUUGUGAAUAAAUUAUAUAGGUACUCAAAACAUGAGUCUCCUCUAUGAACUCCAGACAUGAUUUCAAGGAGCUACUGACGGGCUAUAAGAGCCGGUUCACAAUCAAGAACUGUGUUAGUUUAAAAGAAAUUACUUCGAUUCAAAUCAAAGUCGAACCAAGGAUAGACAAUCACAAGGUUCAAGCGAUCAAUGGAGUUUCUAGCAAUCAAUUAUCUUUAGAAAUGUUCCUUAGAGGUAUACAAACUUGGCCAGCAAGGUACUCUUUUUCAAGUGACGUUCUAACAUAUCAAGAAAGUAAAGUGAAUGAAUGAAUUGUUCGGUGAUUUGUGAGAUGGUUUGUAACUUUGAAGACAAUCUAAUCUUCAACACUGUGAGAAUGAAAAUGAGACUGUUGAAUUAGAUGCUCUGUUUGUCUCUAAAGUUGCUGAUAUUUGCACAGCCUAUGCACUUGUUGGAGAAUUUAUUUAGAGGGAUUGUAAACAUGAAGAGAAACUUGUUUUUAAUCACAUAUUUUAUAUGGCCUUUUUCACUCAUUGUGGAACUGCCUCCUUUUAUGAUUGUUGGGCGUGGGUAUGCGUGUGUGUGUAUGGGGGGGGGGGGGGUAUCGGGUUGGGAUAAAACUUUGGCUAGUUAUCAUUCGUGUCACUAUUAUACAGUACGGGUCUUCUUGCUAUUCGUGUAAACUUUGGCAUACAUGCUUCAUUUGCUGUUUUCACUUUUGGGGUUCUUGCUUCUUUUGGUAAUGGAAAUAUGUGAACAGUCUAUUGUGCACUCCAACUGUUCGAUAAAAUGCCAUACCAGCUUAAUCUUGUAUUUGACUUGAUAAAUUGCUAUGUUGACUUAUGUUUCACGUGCUAUUGAUGGGUUUGUGGUAUCCUAUCUAUUUGAUGUUAUAGUAAGUACUGUAAUCAAAUUUCUUAGCAGCUACAGAUUAUUCGUCACGUUGUAUCUCAUGACAUAUAUGUACUAACUUACUGCUGUGGCGUCUAAUCCACUUGUUGAAGAGAAUGUUAGUUUUCUGUUUCUGAAGAUGGUAGUGUAUUAAAUAAAGAUGCCAUUUGAGCUUUUGCUGUCAAUUUGUAGAUAAAUAUAUAUAUGCCACAUAACACCAAUAUGUAGGAAGUGGGAAAUCCAGUUUAGUCUUCUGUAACAAACAAAUCACUUUGAGCUUCUGUUGGCGCUGGAAAGUAGCAUGGUAUGCCAGAUGGAGUUCUGAUCAAUGGCAAGGGACCUCUUAAUAUUGUUCCAGAGAGGAUGCGGACGUAAUAUCUCUCGGUGUCAAAAGUUUUGAUGUCCUGCAUAAUAUUUCUCGGUGGGUGUGAGAACGGCUUCUCUUUCGAGGAAUAUGCAAAUAUAGGUCUAGACUUAUUAUGAGACCUUGUCUGUAUUUUUUUGGUCGAAGCUGCACCUCAUACUAUAUAUACAUACAAUUUAUAUGCAUCAAAGUUGCAACAGGUUGGUCACUUGCGUUUAUGUCUUAUACGCCAAAUAUGCGUAUGAAGUUGGCUGCAAUUUAGUUGUACAUUUGAAUAAAUCAAAUUAUCCUGAGUUUGAGAUUCCUUGCAGUGAUUUUUCCUGUCGGUUCACAGUCUCAUUCUAUGCAGAAUCAAGAGCCAGUAAUGUUCAUGUGCAUCCACGGUUGGAACUUAAGGUAUCAGAGGCAACAAAAAUGGCUGAAUAUGAUGAAUCAGCACUAGGAAAACAAGAGAUCUCAGGGUACCAAGAAUGGGAUAUCUGUACUCGACGAUCAUGAGGUUUAUGUGUUAAACGGUUCUUGAGGUUCCGAUAGCUCACCGGCGAUUAUACUUGUGUGUAUAUAUGUACCGACCUGUUAGCUACAUACGGUUGGGGUCCAAGGUUCUGGCGGGUCUAAAAUGUAAACCACGAAAGGUUCUGGGCCGCCUUUGGACCAUUUGCACCACACCACACCGCAUCCAAUGGUAAGGUAGAGUUUAACCGAUACACGCAUCAUAGAUGCCGUUUGAACAUAUCUUGUGAAAAAGAUGAUGCCAUCUAUCUUACUAGGCAACUAAGUAUAGAGAGGUCAGUUCGAAAAAAAAUUCGAAACCUGCUCAACCUCUUCAUUUCACCCAUUUGGACCUGGGCUCCUGACCAAUGCCUUCCUUGGGCCACCAGGUUAGUACUGCUCUAUUAUUUAAGCCCAUUGAAAAACUGGCUCAGUUAAUUGUAACCCAGUCUUCUAUGAUGUGGAACCCACCGAAGUCCGCCACCAAAAUGGGGCAGUUGGUGAAGCCUUUAAAAAACAUGUAGAGAAAGAGGGUGCUCUUAUAUGGAGAAAUGCUCUGAAAGAAGCAACAGAUCUGGCUGGGUGGGAGUUGAAGAAAACUGUUGAUGGGGAUGAAGCUAAAGUCAUCCAAAAAAUAUUUCAAGUGAUCUCACGAGACUUACAUUUCUUCAAUUUGGGAUUUGAUGAGAAUUUAGUAGGCAUCGAGAGCCGGGUAAAGGAUGUGGUUUCAUUGUUAGAAAUUGAUUCUGAUGAUGUUCGGAUGAUAGGGAUCUGGGGGAUGGGAGGUGGUGGAAAGACGACUUUGGCGAGAGCUGUUUAUGUUCAUAUAUCCACUUAUUUUGACUGUAAAAGCUUUAUUGAGAAUGUGAGUGAAGCUUCAAAAAAAUUUGGUUUGAAAGAAUUGCAAGAGCAGGUCCUCUCAGAUGUGUUAUAUGAUGAAAACAUUUAUGUAAAAAGUGUUUCGGAUGGGAAAAACUUGAUGAAAAA